CCAUAACUAGGUUCCUACGGUUCUUCGUUAACACGACGAAAAGCAAUUGCUUUACUUUUGACGAAUCCCACGAACAGUACCUCCGCACAAAUCACCUACCGUGGAUACCUACCUGCUAUAACUCACCAAAUACCGAGGGAAUUGCGCGCCAACUACAAACGGCGACUUGGGGCUAAGCUCCGGCGCAUACAAUGACUGGAGCUUGUGUGUUGGGGACCGCGCUGCGCCGCGUCGGCCGGGCAAGGACCGGAGGAGACGGCGUCCAGCGGACCCUGAUUGGAAGCUCUCAACACAACUGCCGAGCACAUCUACAACGGCCCUCCGUCGGCCUAAACCCACCGACCUCCGAGCACUGCCGAACAAUACACACGACGCCACCGUAUCUCUCCUCUCCGCCCUCCUCGAAGCCAAAGACGACGACAACAUGGCGCGCAGAACCUCACCAACCCCCAACAAUAACCCACCACCCCUCCGCCGACCUCCCGGCACAACUCUGCGGCGUGAUGCGAAGACUAGCACACUCAGUCGUCGUCGCCACAGCCACAGACCGCGCGGGACGGCCUAGAGGCAUGACAAUGUCGAGUUUCGUCAGUCUGAGCAUGAAGCCCGUGCCGCUGGUGACGUUCAACGUCCGCACGCCGAGCCGGACGCUGGAUGCGAUUCACGAGGGCGGUGGGGGGUUUAACGUGCAUGUUUUGGCUGAAGGCAAAGAGGGGGCGAGGGUCGCGGAUUGGUUUACGAGGGGGAAUGCUGCUGGUGGGGAAGGGUUGUUUGAGGGGUUGCCGAGGGGGGUGGAGAUUGUUGAGGAGGAUGGGGAGGCGCCUUUGCUUGAGGGGGAGGGGGUGUUGUAUGUGAUCAAGUGUCGGGCUCUUGGGGAGGGGAUGGUGAGGGUGAGGGAUCAUGUUGUUGUUGUGGGGGAGGUUGAGGGGGUUGUUAGGGGAGCAGGGGAGGGGUUUGGGCUUGUUUAUGCUGAUCGACGGUAUCGGAUGCUGGGGGAGUGUUUGGUGAAGGAUGAGGAAUAGAGAAAGAGGAUUGAGGUGUGAUGGUGAGUGUGAGUCUGAGGAUGUUAGGUGUCGUGUAUCAUACCCCAUGUAUAGAGAUUGUGGAUAGAGUGUAUACUAUGUGAGGGAAACUCCGCCCAUUGAAUCGAAAAAGAAGACAUUCAAUAUGGG